AUGAAUAAUCUCAAUCUCGGGCCAAACGUUCCUAAAUCAUUCGGCGCCUUUCCUACCGUUGGAGGAGAAUUAGCAUUUUCCGAGUUAAAGUUGGCUGUCCACGUUGAGCAAAGUCAAGCGUACGGUAUUAAACAAAAACGAAAGUUUGGUUCUCUUUUCGCCGAUUACGACUUGGACUGGGAUAAUAAUAGCAAUAAAGAUGAGCCAUUACCAAAAUAUCUUCCACUGACAUUAGGUUCUGGAGAUAACGAUGUGAAACUAAAAAAUCAUAGACGAACGAAUAUAGCUAUCGACUCGAACCAUGUUACGGGACGAAACAACGUGGAGUGCAAUGAGGCAGAAGUAAGAGUCCUAAUAAAGAGUACACAUUCUUGGCUGACGCCUUUCACUGCCUCUUUGUUGGAGGAAUGCCGAGGCAAAACCAUAGUGUUCAUUAGCGACCUGCAUUACUUGCCUUUUUGA